AUGAUGGAAAAGCUUGACUACGUGGAGACAAACCUGUUUAGAGGGGUGCUUGGCUACUUUUGGCCGUUAGUAUGCCAUAACGAAGAACUUUACCCGGAAAUGGACAUGCUGUAUCGAUGGAUGACACGUGAAAAACGUCAAAAUCUUGCCCCUCCUGAAGUAGUCAUGGAAAACCGUCUUCGCUUCUUUGGUCACGUUACGAGGAGACCGUCUGAUCGUCUUGUCCAAGUAGUCCUGAGGAUGCUUCCAGAUCCUAAUUGGAAAAGGCCUCCUGGCCGUAAAAGAAAGCUCUGGAUGGAGAUGGUGAAGGAAGAUCUGAGGACACUUGGCGUUGACUGGCAAUUCAGUCGAGACGUGAAAUUCUGCCGCUUAUGGAAUAGCGACGGAUGGGUAGAUUCUAUGAGGAUAACUGCGUUAAAACAAUAUUUUCUGAUUUUGAUUUACACGUCUUUCAUAUCCUUCUGUGCUUGUGAGACAUGCAUUAUGUCCGCCGAUGCAUGCGAUUACACGACGCGUUCGCAGCGAGAUAUCGUUUCCUCGAUAGUCGGUGGAGAAACUGAAAGCGAGCAAUAUGGACCUUACAGCAGCGACGGAGAUGAAGAGAUAAUAGAAGUAGUGGUGGAAGAUGAUGUGGAAAAAGAAGACGUCACAAGAACUUCGACGGAUACAGAGAACCGCCACAAAGAUAUUUUCCAGAGCAUGAGAUGA